ACCUCUGUUUGUCUUUUCUAGGAAUAUCAUGCUUGGAAGUACUUGGUAGUAUCGAUCACCUGGACCCCAGCACAAGAGCUCCAGCUUAAUCCUUUCCAAACACUUCUAAUAGAACAUGGGGGAAAACGAUGAUGAAAAAUACAGUCAAGCUGGCCAGAUAUUUGAAAACUUUGUACAAGCGUCAACAUGCAAAGGCACCAUUCAGGCCUUUAAUAUUCUCACUCGUCAACUUGAAUUAGAUCCUUUGGACAAUAGAAACUUUUACACCAAACUCAAGUCAAGAGUGACCACGUGGAAGGCCAAAGCUUUGUGGAACAAGCUUGAUAAAAGAGCAAGUCACAAAGAGUAUAAACGUGGAAAAUCUUGUAUGAACACUAAGUGUUUAAUUAUCGGAGGUGGCCCAUGUGGCUUGCGGACUGCCAUAGAACUUGCCUUCCUGGGAGCCAAAGUCGUCAUCGUAGAGAAGCGGGACACUUUUUCAAGAAACAAUGUGUUGCAUCUCUGGCCAUUUACAAUCCAUGACCUCCGGGGACUUGGAGCAAAGAAAUUUUAUGGAAAAUUCUGUGCAGGAUCAAUUGAUCACAUCAGUAUUCGACAACUUCAACUUAUCCUCUUCAAAGUUGCACUUAUACUGGGAGUUGAAAUCCACGUGAAUCUAGAAUUUGUGAAAGUCCUGGAACCUCCUGAAGAUCAAGAAAAUCAAAAGAUAGGUUGGAGGGCUGAAUUUCUCCCUGUGGAUCACCCGUUGUCAGAGUAUGAAUUUGAUGUUAUUAUUGGUGCAGAUGGCCGCAGGAACACAUUGGAAGGUUUCAGGAGGAAGGAGUUUCGUGGAAAGCUGGCUAUAGCUAUAACUGCCAACUUUAUAAACAGAAAUACAACUGCAGAAGCCAAGGUAGAAGAAAUUAGUGGUGUUGCUUUCAUCUUCAAUCAGAAGUUCUUCCAGGACCUUAAAGAGGAAACAGGAAUUGACCUGGAGAAUAUUGUUUACUAUAAAGAUAGCACUCAUUAUUUUGUGAUGACAGCAAAAAAGCAGAGUCUUCUGGACAAAGGAGUGAUUAUUAAUGACUAUAUUGACACCGAGAUGCUCCUCUGUGGGGAAAAUGUGAACCAAAGCAAUUUGCUGUCCUACGCCAGAGAAGCUGCUGACUUUGCAACCAAUUACCAGCUGCCUUCCUUGGAUUUUGCAAUUAAUCACUAUGGGCAACCAGAUGUAGCAAUGUUUGAUUUUACUUCCAUGUAUGCAUCAGAAAAUGCUGCACUAGUGAGAGAGAGGCACAGACAUCAGCUCCUGGUGGCUCUGGUUGGAGACAGUUUGCUUGAGCCCUUCUGGCCAAUGGGUACUGGCUGUGCAAGAGGUUUCUUAGCUGCUUUUGAUACUGCAUGGAUGGUGCGGAGCUGGGCUCAAGGAAAACCCCCAUUAGAAAUCCUUGCUGAACGAGAAAGCAUUUAUCGACUCUUGCCUCAGACUACCCCUGAAAAUAUUAACAAGAACUUUGACCAGUAUACCAUUGACCCAGGAACAAGAUACCCAAACCUGAACUCCAGCUGUGUUCGACCUCACCAGGUGAGACAAUUAUAUGUUACCAAUGAAUUACAACAAUGCUCUCUUGAAAGAGUAAGCUCCAUUAGAAGAUCAGUGAAUCUCUCAAGACACGAGUCAGAUAUUCGACCCAACAAGCUUUUGACCUGGUGUCAGAAACAGACAGAAGGGUACCGUAAUGUUCAUGUCACAGACCUGACUACCUCCUGGAAAAGUGGCCUUGCGUUGUGUGCAAUUAUUCAUCGCUUCAGACCCGACCUCAUUGACUUUGAUGCUCUUAAUGAAGAGGACGUUGUCAAAAACAACCAGCUGGCAUUUGAUGUGGCUGAGCAGGAGUUUGGGAUCCCCCCAGUGACCACAGGGAAGGAGGUGGGGUCGGCCGGGGAGCCCGACAAGCUCAGCAUGGUCAUGUACCUCUCCAAGUUCUACGAACUGUUCAGGGGCACACCUCUGCAGGCAGUAGAUGCUGGCGACAAGCAAAAUGGAGAAAAUAAUGAUCUUUGUUCAGCAAAGUCAUCGAACUUCAUCUUUAAUAAUUAUAUCAAUUUAACUUUACCAAGAAAACGAGUACCAAAGGUUGAAGGGAAAACAGAAGAAAAUGAGACUAACAAAAGACGUCGAAAAGGUCUUUUUGGUGUCUUUGAGGAGGCUUCAGGCCUUUCAAGCCAAGGGACAAAUGCUGGGAAAGAACAGGGUGAUGGCAGAGAAGGAACAAACCAGAACAAAGUUAAAUCAAUGGCAACUCAACUGUUGGCAAAGUUUGAAGAGAAUGCUCCAAAUACAAUUUUUCGGAGGCAGUUCAAACUUGUCUUGGCUUUUCCAUUUCAGGUUGAAGGGAAAACAGAAGAAAAUGAGACUAACAAAAGACGUCGAAAAGGUCUUUUUGGUGUCUUUGAGGAGGCUUCAGGCCUUUCAAGCCAAGGGACAAAUGCUGGGAAAGAACAGGGUGAUGGCAGAGAAGGAACGAACCAGAACAAAGUUAAAUCAAUGGCAACUCAACUGUUGGCAAAGUUUGAAGAGAAUGCUCCAAAUACAAUUUUUCGGAGGCAGGAGCUUAUAGAUAGACCAGCUCUGCUGUCUUCUGACCCUCCUGUUAAUCCUCGCUUUGCUAAACCUAAGGAUCCAAGUCUUCUUCCACCUCAACCAAAAAGGCAGUUUCAGGUGGUAGCUAGGAGUGAACACGAGGUCAGGGAACCCAAACAGUCUUUAAAUGGUUCUGAUCAUGUGGCCAGGAGAGCAAAGACUGUACAAAAAACAGAUCCCCAGCCCAGUCUGUCAGAAACCUCUGAAAAUCUCGCAUCUGCCUGUUCUGCUGCAUUUGUCCUUUCUGGAGUGCUUGAGCGUCUUCAGCACCUGGAGGAAAAAAUGAAACAGAAAAGAGCUCAGACCAUAGCAAAUAGGGAAUUCCAUAAAAAGAACAUUAAAGAGAAAGCAGCACACCUUGCCUCAAUGUUUGGAUACGUGGAUUUUCCAAAGAAUAAACUACCUACUAAAGGCUUUUCCCAUUCUCAGCCCCCAACUCCCUCUUGCCCUCAUGAUUCAGCUGCUGCCUCUUCUCCAUCAUCAGUUGGUUCAGCUUCCCCUGCUGUUCCUUCUAGACAGAUGACUGUAGGGAAGGUCUCACGUGCAAUUGGAGCUGUGGCUGAAGUUCUUGUCAAUCUGUAUGUGAAUGAUCACAGACCCAAGCCACAGCUUCCCCCCCUUGAACUGCAGCGGUCUCUGGAGAGUGCUACAGGUUCUUGCCCCGUUCCUCAUUCUCCAUCUCCUGCCUCCACUGCUCAGAGCUGUCAGGGAUCUCUGCGAAAAGAAUUUCCUCAGUCUAUUGGCGGGAGUGACAUUUGUUAUUUCUGCAAAAAACGGGUAUAUGUCAUGGAGCGGCUGAGUGCAGAAGGCCACUUCUUUCAUAGGGAGUGCUUCAAGUGUGAAAUAUGUUCUACAACACUCCGUUUAGGAAUUUAUGCCUUUGAUGUUGAAGAAGGUAAAUUUUACUGUAAACCUCAUUUUACUCACUGCAAAAUCAGUAGCAAACACAGAAAGAGGAGAGCAACGUUACAGAUCCAGGGAAAGGAGGCAACAGAAGCAUGGAAGAAAGAGGAACCCAAACACCCAGAGACCACCACAGAAAGCACUUUGUCUACUGCUAGCAGUCCAGAGGACAGGUCCCCAGUCCAAUUCAUCAUUCCGGUGCUGCACCCGCUCACUGGCUGAAGCCUUUCUGCUCUCAGAGUUUUCCUAGGUCUUCCUGGCCGGUGAGGAUUCUGUCCUUCUCUUCCUAAAUCUUCUGUCUUCAUUUUACUUUAUGAUCUUAACUGAGUAUUUUUAUGAAAUAGUUUUCAAUGCUGUAUUUAAAUUUUCACAUGGAAAUUCUGUAUUUUGCACACAGUGAAAAUUGUUUUAGCUUUAUUUAUGAUAUCUGCUGUAAACAAAAAUAAAUGUAGUUCUUUAUAA